AUGUCUCAAGACUACAAUUAUGAUGACAAGGGGCAAUUCUUCCCAUUCUUCAUCUUGACCAUUUCUGGUCUCGUCACGCUCCCUUUAACAUAUAACCUCCUCAAGCCGAGCAAGGAGCUCGAGAACACCGCCCCUCGAAUAAAAUCGGACUUUAAGCCCGAACAUGGCGACCUCGUCGAGGCGCAGAAGCGGAAACGCCUGCGGAAGGAGCGCCGGAUUAAGCGCAUAGUCACUGUCAUCCUAGGAUAUGCGGUCAUGGCAUGGAUGGUUUAUCUGAUCAUGGUGACGGCGAGAACGGCGCCGAAAAUAUGGGAUCCCUAUGAUAUCCUGGGCAUUUCAAGGAGCGCCGAUGAGAAAGCCAUUUCCAGGCAUUACAAACGUCUCUCCCUUAUCUACCAUCCGGACAAGGUCCGACCGGAUCCCGCCAAAAACGAGACUAUUGAUACUCUGAAUGAGCGCUUCGUCGAACUCACCAAGGCCUACAAGGCGUUGACCGAUGAGGAAGUUCGUAACAACUAUAUUCAAUACGGCCACCCCGAUGGCAAGCAAAGCUUCAGCAUUGGCAUUGCACUUCCCCAGUUUAUUGUCACGGAAGGGAAUGGGAAAUUCGUGUUGUUGGUUUAUGGCGGCCUGCUUGGUGUUCUUCUCCCGUACAUCGUUGGUCGGUGGUGGUAUGGCUCGCAACGCUACACGAAGGAAAGAGUCCUAGUGGCUAGCGCAGGAAAUAUUUUUCGGGAGUACAAGGAGGACAUGGUCGAUGGCGCAAUCGUUAGCGCUCUAUCUUCUGGCGACGAGUUCAAGGAGACGCUGAAGGGAUCGCAGGCGGAAGCCGGCCUAGCAAAACUUGAAAAGAAGGUGUUGGCGGACGACGCCUCGGUUCUCUCCACCCAGGACCGCAAGAACCUUCAGGAACUUGAUGAUUCUACCAGACGCAAGGCACUGGCAUUGCUGUGGGCGUACUUGGGCCGGGUUGACUUGGACGAUACUACUCUUAACGGAGAGAAGUACGCAAUAGCUCCCACGGCGCUGGCCCUUAACGAGUCGUUCACUGCUAUUGCGCUCGCGUUCGGUAUCGUUCGUCCAAUUUUGGGUGCUUUCAAGACAUCACAGCACCUGAUUCAAGCCGUUGCCCCGGGCGCGUCUCCGCUUCUGCAACUGCCCUACUUUACAGAAAAGGUUGUAAAGUCUAUCGAAGGCGAUGAUGCUAAGAGUCACUAUAACGUACAAAAGUUUAUGGGUCUUCCGGAAGAAAAGCGUCGUAGCCUCACUGUUCGCGCCGGUCUUCUGUCCGAAAAGCAAUAUGCAACCGCUGUUUCCGUCGCCAAGCAACUCCCCGUUCUUGAAGUCUCCAAGGCAUUUUUCAAGGUUGUGGGCGAAAAGGUCAUUACACCAAGCAGUCUGGUCCAGCUGGUCGUCAAAGCGCGCUUCAUUCCCCCGGGUUACACCAAUGUCCCAGAGCCCAGCCAAGCGGAUCUGGAGGAUCUGGACCCGGAUGAGGACGAUCUCGAUGCUCUCAUGGGCCGAAAGAAGGGGAAUAUGAAGGGUGCCAAUGGCCAGAAAGGCGACAAGAAAUUGGACUCCGUUCAACCACCUUUGGCGCAUGCCCCGUACCUGGCGCGCGAUCACUCUCCCAGAUGGCAUAUCUUCUUAACCGAUCCCAAGCAAGGCAAGAUGGCCGUUCCCCCCUUCACUUUCACUACCUUUGAUAAACCUUUGUUCGACGAGGCCGGAAAGCCUACUUUCAACGUCCAGACUCUCAAGAUGCAAUUCCAGGCCCCCCCACAGGUCGGCGACUUUACGUUUGCCAUGAACAUGCUCUGCGACAGCUACCUUGGUCUCGACACCAAGAUGGAAGUUACUUUGCACAUUGACGAUCCCGCCAAGGCAGCUGCCCUGGACGUGGAAGAUGAUAUUAGCGAUCCUGAAGAAGAUUCCCUCGCUGGCCAAAUGCAAGCGCUGAAGGGCGGACAAACCAAAAAGAGCAAAAAGCCCGAUGAUGAUUCCAGCGACGAUGAAAGUGACACUGAUGGAGAUGCCGGUGAUACAAGCGAUACCAACACAGAAACAGAUGUUGAUGACUAA